AUGUUUGCAUUAAAUAUGAACAAUAAUUUAGAGAGAUUAAUAAAUUCUAUAAAGCAUGAAGCAAAUUUAUUAGUAGAUGAAAUUAAUAAGAAAAAGAUUAUAACUUAUAACGAAAUAAAGCAAAGUGUAUUUGAGGGAAGAAAAAUGGAAAUUAUUGAAAUUACUAAUAAAAGAAAAGAAAAGUUAUUAAGUGAGUAUAAAAUUAAAAAAUCAAAAAUUAAACUUAAUUUUAAAAGAGACUUAUGUCAACAUAAAAAUGAAGUUUUAAAUAAAAUAAAAAAUACUAUUAAAUCAAAAUUAACAAACACAUUAAGUGAUGUAUUAAUAAAAGAAACAUAUGAGAGUAUUGAUGAUCAUAGUAAAUAUACUUUAUUUUGUAAUUUUAAGUUUAAAAAAGAAGUAAAAAGCUAUUUUAAAGAAAUUAAUAUUAAAGAAUUACCAAAUAACUUAAUAGGUGGUUUAAUUUUAAUUAGAAAUGAUGGAAAGGUAAUUAUUGAUAAUUCUUAUUUAAAUAGAUUUAACAUUUUUAUGGAAAAAUAUUUAACAGAUCAUAUUUUCCAAUAA